AUGGAAAGCGAUGGAUUCGUGCCGAUUACAGCUAUUUUCUACGCGGUGUUCCACCCCACAGAGGGUACAAAAGUGUUGAAUCAAGUGCCUGAAGGUUCAAUUGGGAACUCCAGUACAAGUGAUUCAAAUGGCAUUAUCUUUAACUUCGACACGAUUAAAAAUUAUAUUAUACCGAAGCCUAAGUUGUGCAACAAGUUGAUUUCUAUAAAGAUUGACCGGUUCAAGGUAUUAGGGUAUCCGGUGAAUAUCGAAAACGAGAAGUAUUCCAGAAACUCAUUCAAUUUCAAUUUCUGUUUUGUGUUUCCCUAUAACAGCGAUACUACUCCUUACGAAUCUGCCAUCAAGCGGAUGGGAAAGAUGUUCCAAGUUUUAGAAGAGCAGAGUUUCAUAUUGUCGAAAUUGGACAAAUUUGGGUCAUUUUUUAAGAAUAAAGAUGAAUAUCCAACCGAGAAUCUGCUAAUGAUUAAUGAAUUUAUCACGCCAGGAUUUAGAAGGACACAGAAGGUUAACUUAUCGUCGAUUGAGUCAUUAAUACACCAGAUUUACCAGGACUUGAACAAUUAUUCCGAGUGUUGUAUACCGUUGGAUAGCGCCAACUCGGUGGAUAUCAAGUUGUUUCCUAUUUUACCACCCCCGGUUAACACCAAGGCGUACCAAGUACCAAUUCUAACUGUUAAGCUAAGUCUGCUAGUGGAUAUAAACUGGGACCCAACAAUGCUUAAAAUCUUACCAUAUAUUGACGGGAUCAACUCUAUAAAAAGGAUAAGUCAGCUUGCUGAUGCGGACUAUAUUCUCACCAAACAGUGCAUCCAACAUUUGAUGCACUAUAAAUGCAUAAACAUGAUUGAUAUCUUUCAGUUCAGCAAUAUUUAUGCUCCAACAAAUCACAUUGGAAAUUUCUUGACAUUGAAUAAUAUUGCAGAAGAAUGCCAAGCAUAUAUAAUCACCAACGAACCCAAUUUAUUGAAUGAAUUACCGGUAAAUGAAGAUCUGGAUAUACAAUCGUCUACAUUUCCCAAUUCAGCAUCACCCACAAGCAAACAUUCAUCGAUAUUCAAAGCAUCAAAGAAGAAAUUUAGCGGCGAGACCACCGUCAUACCAUCAAAAGCCAGUCUAUUUUAUCUCUAUAGAUCGUUGAACCAAGGUCAAACGGUGAAGGAGUGGUAUAUGCAGCAUCGAAAAUACCUCAACAAUAUAGACGUAAGACGAUUUAUUAAUUUUGGAGUAAUCAGAGGCAUCCUCUACCGAGUCCAUUCGUAUCCCAUUUUAAACUCGCUUACAAAAUCGCUUGAGAACAAAAACGACAACGAACUAGACAAAAUAAUCGACCUUUUCAAGGCAAAGACAAACCCGAACGUCUACCCUGUCAACGAAUCACUAGCAAACAAAUCCUUAUUGAAGAGCAUAGUACACGAGACUAAUUUGAAAACCAGCAAUGCCAAGUCCAAAAGAAGAGUCAGUUUUAACUACGAUGUUCACAAAUCAGCAUACCAACUGGAAGAUGCUGACGAUAGUGAUAAUGACCCUCAGUCUUCUGAUACUGAUUCGUUUAAUUCAGACGUAUCAAACGACGAAGACGUACAAGACAACGUUGAGGAGUUGGGGAGGGGCGAGGAAGACGAUAUAAUUGUACUCAUAAAAUUACUAAGGGGGUUGCAGAACUAUGACUCGAUCAACACCGAAAUGCAGAAAUCACGGUUCGAAAUCGAGGCAUUAUUAAGGAAGUUAGGACCACAUAAUAACAUACACAGUUGA